UUAAAAAAUGGGGAGAAAUAUGUGUUUGGUUUUGGUACUAGUGGGUUUUGUUGUGGUGAGCAUUAUGUGUUGUGGGGUGGCAGAUGCAGCGGUGAAACCUCCACUGAAAUGGCAUUACUAUAAGGUGACGAAUACAUGCGACGACGCUGAGGAGUAUGUUCGCCACCAAGUAAAGGUGUUUUGGGAGAAUGACAGGAGCCUUACGGCCAAGCUCCUUCGCUUGGUUUAUUCAGAUUGUUUUGUCACUGGAUGUGAUGCGUCAAUUCUGCUUGACGAAGGAGAAAAUACGGAGAAAAAAGCGCCACAAAACCGAGGACUUGGAGGAUUUGCAGCCAUUGAUAAGAUAAAAAGUGUUCUUGAAUCACGAUGCCCAGGAGUAGUCUCGUGUGCGGAUAUACUUCACCUGGCCACAAGGGAUACUGUUCAUUUGGCAGGUGGACCAUCUUACCCAGUAUUCACAGGAAGAAAGGAUGGGAUGGAAUCGAAUGCUGCAUCGGUAGACGUGCCCUCACCAUCCGUCUCGCUACAACAAAUUCUUCAAUAUUUCCAAUCCAGGGGCUUGAAUGAAUUAGAUGCAACAACACUACUAGGAGCACACACAAUGGGACGAGCACAUUGUAGUUAUAUUGUUGAUCGGCUGUACAACUACGGUGGUCCCGGUAAACCCGACCCAAGCAUGGAUGCUACUUUACUAGAUACAUUGAGAAAAGCUUGUCCGCCAAGAAAGAAGGGACAACCAGACCCUCUGGUAUACCUAAACCCAGAAUCUGGAUCAAGUUACAACUUCACAGAAUCAUACUACAGAAGGAUCCUAUCUCACCAAGCUGUCCUGGGAAUUGAUCAACAAUUACUAUAUGGUGAUGACACUAAACAGAUCACCGAGGAGUUCUCCGCUGGAUUUGAAGAUUUUCGGAGAUCUUUUGCUGCAUCAAUGUACAAGAUGGGGAAUUUCAAGGUUUUAACAGGAAACCAAGGAGAGAUACGCCGAAAUUGCCGAUACACAAACAAGGGCAACCCAAAUUAGUGGGAGGCCAAAUCAAAUGUUUAGAGUGGAUUCAAAUAUGCCCAGUUUAAACAGAUUUGUUUUGUGUUCCGAAGGUAAAGAAUAAUACAUGAAUAAUACCCUCUUUGUCCUUUUGUAACUUCUGAGUUCCAAUCAUUCAAGUCACUAAAAAAUCUUCUUGUUGUAGUGUGUAUAAAACAUAUGUCCUUCCUCUGA